ACCGAUGCCUUUUCAGUUCCCGCCCUUCCCAGAUAGGGCACCCGUCUUUCCUGACCGCAUGAUGCGAGAGCCCCAGUUGCCCACAGCAGAGAUCUCGCUCUGGACCGUGGUGGCCGCCAUUCAGGCCGUGGAGAGGAAGGUGGAUGCCCAGGCUAGCCAGCUGCUGAACCUGGAGGGACGCACGGGGACAGCUGAGAAGAAGCUGGCCGACUGUGAGAAGACAGCGGUGGAGUUUGGGAACCACAUGGAAAGCAAGUGGGCCGUGCUGGGGACCCUGCUGCAGGAGUACGGGCUGCUGCAGCGGCGGCUGGAGAACUUGGAGAAUCUGCUGCGCAACAGGAACUUCUGGGUCCUGCGGCUGCCCCCGGGCAGCAAAGGGGAGGCCCCUAAGGUUCCGGUGACUUUUGUGGACAUUGCUGUUUACUUCUCGGAGGAUGAGUGGAAGAACUUGGAUGAAUGGCAGAAGGAGCUUUACAACAACCUGGUCAAGGAGAAUUACAAAACCCUUAUGUCCCUGGACUCCCCAAUUUCUGCCCAAGACCUCUUGUCCCGGAUUAAACAGGAGGAACACCAGUGCGUGUGGGAUCAGCAGGAUUUGGCAGAGAGAGAUAUUCCCACAGACCCCAAUUCAGAGUCCCUCAUCUCGGCACAUGACAUUUUGUCAUGGAUCAAGCAGGAGGAGCAGCCAUACCCGUGGGGCCCACGAGACUCCAUGGAAGGAGAGCUUGGAUUAGACUCUGGCCCCAGUAACAAGCCCUACUCGUGCCCCGAGUGCGGCAAGAGCUUCGGCGUGCGCAAGAGCCUCAUCAUCCACCACCGCAGCCACACCAAGGAGCGGCCCUACGAGUGCGCCGAGUGCGAGAAGAGCUUCAACUGCCACUCGGGUCUCAUCCGCCACCAGAUGACACACCGCGGGGAGCGGCCCUACAAGUGCUCCGAGUGCGAGAAGACCUACAGCCGCAAGGAGCACCUGCAGAACCACCAGCGGCUGCACACGGGCGAGCGGCCCUUCCAGUGCGCGCUGUGCGGCAAGAGCUUCAUCCGCAAGCAGAACCUGCUCAAGCACCAGCGCAUCCAUACGGGCGAGCGGCCCUACACGUGCGGCGAGUGCGGCAAGAGCUUCCGCUACAAGGAGUCGCUCAAGGACCACCUGCGCGUGCACAGUGGCGGCCCGGGCCUCGGCGCCCCGCGGCCCCUCCAGGCGCCGUCUGAGCGAGACUAG